CCGUGAAACACCCUCCGCUUGUCCCCUAGGGCCGGGAGCCAGCCCGCCUCGCCCAGUCGUGGCCUCUCGAGGUCUGCAGCGAGGAGCCGCGUCCGGAGCCGCUGGACCCCGCCGCCUGCCUGGGCUGGCCAGCCCGCCCCGCGUCCCUGCGCCUGCGCUCGCGUCCCAAGGCCAGAUCCGGGUUUCCGCCGCCUCUGCGCUCACCCGUGGGCCUCUGCCUGCGGCUGACCUCGGCCAGCAUGGUCCAGCCGCAGACCUCCAAAGCCGAAAGCACGGCCUCGGCAGCUUCUGCAAACGCCCAGAUGGAUGACGUGAUCGACACCCUGACCUCGCUGCGCCUCACUAACUCCGCGCUGAGGCGGGAGGCCUCCACGCUGCGGGCCGAGAAGGCCAACCUCACCAACAUGCUGGAGAGCGUGAUGGCCGAGCUGACCUUGCUGCGCACCAGGGCUCGCAUCCCGGGGGCUCUGCAGAUCACCCCGCCCAUCUCUGCCAUCAGCUCCAACGGGACCCGACCCAUGACCACACCUCCAACUUCUCUGCCGGAGCCCUUUUCUGGAGACCCAGGCCAGUUGGCGGGGUUCCUGAUGCAGAUGGACAGAUUCAUGAUCUUCCAGGCCUCCCGCUUUCCGGGUGAGGCCGAGCGAGUGGCCUUCCUUGUGUCCCGACUGACAGGGGAGGCGGAGAAGUGGGCCAUUCCCCACAUGCAGCCAGACAGCCCCUUGCGAAACAACUAUCAGGGCUUCCUGGCCGAGUUGCGGAGAACCUACAAGUCCCCGCUGAGGCAUGCGCGGCGCGCCCAAAUCAGGAAGACUUCCGCCUCCAACAGGGCGGUGCGAGAGCGCCAGAUGCUGUGCCGACAACUGGCCGCAGCGGGAACCGGGCCCUGCCCUGUGCAUCCGGCCUCCAACGGGACCAGUCCAGCGCCAGCCCUGCCCACCCGAGCCCGGAACCUUUAGGGAUCCGACACCCCCCUGUAGCAUCUGCAGUCACCAGGUAGCAGAGGCUCUAUGCUGCGGAGAAGAAAUGUGCAUACAACCGUAUCGCCCCACUUGAAGACAUCCCUCCCUGACUCGCCGUCCAUUGGAGGUCUUCCUUCCAUCCUCCUUGGUGGUCACCCCUGUUGUGCUUCCUGUCAUGGGCUAGCUCUGCCUGCUGCCCACUGCAUGCUUCCCUCUUGCUUGCAGCCCUCUACUCCAGUGGUCACAACCCUGCUGUCCCCGCACACUGACCCCACAGCGCCCAGGGACUAUUUGGGCUAACCCUCCCAGCCCUGCUGUUUGUGGAUGCUCCUACUGUACCCCUCUCUCCAGGUGCCCUCUGCAGCUCCCUGCCAGCUGCCCUGCCCUUGGCAGCGAGCUCUGGAUGGAAAGAAACAAGUUUGGCCAAGCUGGUGGCCUCUGUGUACCUGGAGAGGGUCUGGCUGCCUGCCCACCACGGAUCACCAGCCUUGCCAGGACCAGUAUAGCCAGCAGGGCCUUGUUGUUGGCCAAGUGAGCACUCUGCUGGGGGCAGCCCUCGCCAUGCAGGUGGACGCAGUUUGGCGUGCCUCAUUGCUCCUCGGAGAAGGAUGACCCUGCAGCUGAAGGGGAAGCUUCCAGAAGAUGCCUUCCAGUGUCUGAUGGCACAGGAAUGGGGAACCUGCACUUGCCCACUGAGGAAGGCCACAGUAGAUCUGGGACCCUGGGCAGUGUCAUCAGGCUGCUGUGGCACUGCAGGCAGGCGGAGGGGGCACACUGGUGACUCUGCUUGCUGUCCUGGGUCUCCAGGGGGGCGCUCACAAGCUGCUGGUGUUCAGUCACCCCCUCUCCCCUCGUCACUUCAUGGUGGGCCUUGCCUCGGUUGAAGCCCACUCCCUUCUCCACUCAGGUGCCACAUGGCCUUCACCUCGGCCUUUCAGCCAUCCACGCCAUCUCCAGGUCUCCAGAGAUGCCACGUGGCGUGCCCUCCCCACGUCUGGGCCAUUUGUCCAAGAACAGAUAGACCCCUCUUAACGAGACCCCGCUCCUCUGGGAAGCAUCAUUAAGCACUAAGACCUGGUGUCCUGCCCCUGGUCACCCAGCUGGGGUCUGGGUGGCAUGGUAAAGGUGAAGAGCUGCGGACUGCCUUGGCCUGAUCGGUGACGAUGCAGGACAUGGCGUGCAUGUCCUGAUGGGGAGGGACAAAACGGCCCUGGCUCUGGGUGGAGAGCCUUGGUCUCCUCUCUGAGGUACAACCAAGAAAUCACACCCUCAGGGAGGCUGGUCAGGCCCUUCAGACUGUGGUGCUCCUCCCGCAUUUCAGUGCCAAGCCCGCUGCGUUUACAGGACACCCGACCACGGCGGGGCGUGGGGCACCUUCCUCUGCGUUAACCUGCUACGUGAGUGGUCCUGGCCUGACCACAGGAGGACCACAUCUGCACACACCCCCGACGCCUCUGUCUUGGGGUCCAUCCCCUCUUCUGGAGAGUUUUGAUGAUGCUGGGAAAAGUGACCAUGAUUCCAAGCAGCCACUGCCGUGUAAGGCCAGGGUCUGCAGGCUGCUGGGGCCCACAGGCAGGCCGCCGCUCGUGAUGGGCUCUGUUAGCCCCGCUGCCCUGCUCAAUAGCUGCCGGAUGCAGGCUUCCGGCUCCCCUGGGGCAGCCCAGACUGCCCAGCGGGACCAUGGUGCUCAGAGUGAGGCAGGACCCCAGCACUCCAGGGCCUGCCCGUGCACAGCUUCCCAACGCUGUCUCCACGCACAGCGCCCUCCCUCUCUAGCAGCUGUCUGGGUGAGAAUGGCGCCUGCCAGGUAGAGGUGUCUCUAGGUGGCGGGUACAGUGGCAUCUGGGGAGUAGGGGCCUGUAGGGGGACAAGACACCUGGAAGGCUUCUUCAGGCCCAGCCCAGCCAGGGAGGAGACCAGACGUGGAAACACGUGUGUCGUGUCACAGCCCUGGCUCUGCCUGGUGGCUCUGUGAGAGGGACCAUCUGCGUUAGGUGUGGAGAUUCAGAGUUGGGCUCUGCACACUCAGGACCAGAGCCCUGCAGGCCAGGCUGGCCGCCUCCCUGUCCAUGGCCGCUGCAGGGCCCUUGUUUCCUGGGCUGGCGGCCUGCGGCUUGCUGCUGCUCUGGGUGCAUUUGGUGACUUGGUGGUGUCCUUCUCUUGGUGCUUAUGUUGGGGGGGGCUGCCAUUGUGUAUCCUUGGCCCUCUCGAUAGCUCCCUGCACCUCGGAACCUGGAGCAGAUGAGAGAGGGCCCAGGCUCCCCUCUGCCCUGGGCUUGGAAGAAGCCCACACUGACAGUGCUGAGGGGCCUGCUGAGGCUCUAGUGUAGGACAUCUUAGUCCCUAGCCCAAAAGGCUGAGACCCAAGCCCCAUGCAGCCCCUGAAGGAGACCAUAGUGAUGGGCAGGUGUGGCUCUGAGGACGGUGGGGAGGGAGGUGCUUUGUACAGUACAUACUUUGGGAUUAUUUCUCUUAAUUUUAAGAAAACAAGUAACAAUUUACAAAACGGGGUCAGGAGUAGAGUCGACAGUGCAUGUGAGGGAGUUCUGUUUCUCGUGUUGUUGACACUUGGGGACAUGUUGUGGCUGCUGUCUGGGCUGGUGUUGCCCAUCUGGAGAGUCGGCUUCGCUGCGUUCCAGGCACGGAGGUGAGGUUUGCUACACGGCGGCUCCUGGCCAGGGUGUAGUGUGACCUUGGGAUUCACUUUGUGUCCUGAAGCGUUUUGGUGACUUCUAGGAGCCAGCCUUGGCCCCAAGCGAGUAUCCGUUGAGGUGUGGAGAAGCCAUGUGACGGUGUGGCAGGCCCACCGACAGGAGCCCGUGCCGGGGAGAACAGCCCACUGCGUGAGUGUGACCUGGGCACUCGGCCUGCAGGAGAGGAGGGGCUGCAGGGACACAGGCCAGGCUGGGUCAGCUCAGGGAGUGUCCCGAGGCUGGACAGAAGGGGUACACUGGGGCAGGAUGCUGGGUGACGGGGAGAUUCUCACAGAGGUCCCCUUGAGGUCCUGUCUUAUGGCCUGAGCCAUGACCCUUGUCCUCUUCUUGGGAAGCAGUUGCUUAGGGGCUUGGAGAGAAGGUGGGAGAUGGCUGCUGGGCCAGCAGGACCGCGUCCUCCUGUGGUCAGGGCAGGGUGACCCUAGUCUGUGGCAAGUGUGCUUGGAACUGAGAGCUCUGGGGCAGCUUGGCAGCAUCUCGUGGGAGUUAGGGGCAGUGUCUCGUCUCUCAGGGUCCCUGUAGGAAGUGGCGGGGCUGGCCCUGCACAGGAAUGUUAGUGCUCCGCAGUGUCACUAACUUGGCAAGCCAGGGACACCGUGACCAUGUCCUCCGUUCUCUGAGCAGACCUGCACAGGAAGGAGAUUUUGGAGUCAGGUGGAGGGAGACGUACAGGGUGACACCUGGUGUCCCUCCAGCCUACCCCCACUGCCCUGCGUAGUUUCUUUGUGUUUUCUUCCUUGUGACAUCAUUCCACGUGGCUGUUGUCACCAACACGUCCCGGGCGUUUCCCGUUGCUGAUCAUCACAUGUGAAGUGGCUGUGGAAGGACAGCAGAGCUGUCAGGAGCUGAUGGAGCUCUGCACAGGUGUCUCCAGGUGGGCCACUUCCCCGUGACAGCCUGGGGUGGGGGCUGGAUAGAGGAGAUGGAGACCUUCGAGGUGUUCAUGACCCAGCAAGGGUCGGGCCGUUGUGCCGGUAUUGGGUAUUGUCAUCAGGCUGAAUAUUUGCUAAUUUGAUAAUGAAAAUAAUGGGCUUCUGUUUGAGUUUCGUCUCUUUGGUUUCCAGCUCAGCUGAACCUCUGUUCACGCCACGCAGCUGUGUCUCCCCCCUUGUGGGUUGUCAGUGUCCUUUGCCCGCCCUACGGGGUCUGAAUGUUUGUAUGAGUUCAUUAUCUAUUAAAGACACUAACCCGG